AAUUUCAUAAAUUUUAUGGCAACACAAUUUUUUCGAUUCCUUUUUGCUCCAAUUAGCCUUUCGAAAGUUACUGUCAGACGGUGUGUAUGCGUAAGCAGUCACACAGAAAUAUUCGCGGCGUGGAGAAAAAUAAAAUUUAACACUUUAAAAGGCUUCACCACGAAUUACCUGACGUUCUCAUCGUCGCGGCGGUCAACUGUAGUCGCAACAAGUGGUGGCAAAACACCGGCCGUUAGCACCACCGCGCUAGCCACUUCAGCAGGAACUGCCUCUGCCUCAUCGAGUGUUUCGUCGUCCUCGUCCGCGCUUGGAUUGUUGAGUUCGAGUUUCGUUGCCACAUUUUCAAAUCCUUUCAGCAGCAGCAGCAGUAGUAGUACUAACAGUAAUAGCAAUACCAACAACACCAAUAGUAGUAAUAUAUUUAGCAACAACACUGCCGCUUAUCCGAGCAUUGAAGACCCGGCAAUAAUAAGAGAAACAGCUAAUUUUUCUUUGCCACCAACAUCAUACUACACAAAACCACAACAACAAAAGCAAACACCAAAUCGCUCGACAACUGCAUCUGCAACAACUACGAGUACUUAUUUUCAGCACACGCCAAACAGUAGUGGCAGCAUACAACGUGCAACAAUGGCUGCUAGUGGCACAGCUGCACCGAAUAGCAGCAGCAGCACAGCUGCGCUCGGCCUAUCGCCCACAUAUGAACCGCUAGGCGGUGGUCCACACGCUACUAUCGUUAAGGAGGGUUGGCUACAGAAGCGUGGCGAACACAUUAAAACCUGGCGUUCACGAUAUUUUAUACUGCGCGACGACGGCACCUUGAUGGGCUAUAAAAGCCCGCCGGUGAAUAAUGCACCCGCUGAUCCAUUAAAUAAUUUCACAGUACGCGGCUGUCAAAUUAUGACAGUCGAUCGUCCCAAACCGUUCACUUUUAUUAUACGCGGUCUGCAGUGGACCAAUGUUAUCGAGCGCACAUUUUGUGUGGAAAAAGAGAUCGAAAGGCAACAGUGGACCGAUGCCAUCAGAACUGUAGCGAGUCGCUUGAGUGAGCUGGGCGAAACGGCUAUGUCACCUUCGACCUCAACAGACAUGACUGAUGUGGAUAUGGCAUCUAUUGCCGAAGUGGAACUGCGUAACAGUUUUUCAGUGCAGGGCACAACGAAACGCAGUAGUGGCGGCGUUAAAAAAGUCACGCUUGAAAAUUUCGAGUUUAUAAAAGUGUUAGGCAAAGGCACAUUCGGCAAAGUGAUCCUGUGUCGUGAGAAGGCCACUGCAAAGCUGUAUGCAAUUAAAAUUCUCAAAAAAGAGGUGAUCAUACAAAAAGAUGAGAUCGCGCACACCAUCACCGAGAGUCGUGUGCUGCAAACUACGAAUCAUCCCUUCCUAAUUUCACUUAAAUAUUCAUUUCAAACAAACGAUCGUCUGUGUUUUGUGAUGCAAUACGUAAAUGGCGGGGAAUUAUUCUUUCACUUGAGCCGUGAACGUAUUUUCAGCGAGGAUCGUACGCGAUUCUAUGGUGCUGAAAUAAUAUCCGCCUUGGGUUAUCUACACUCUCAGGGCAUUAUAUAUCGUGAUUUAAAGCUGGAAAAUUUAUUGCUAGACAAAGAUGGACAUAUUAAGAUCGCUGACUUUGGGCUGUGUAAAGAGGAUAUCACGUAUGGUCGUACAACGAAGACGUUCUGCGGUACGCCCGAAUAUCUGGCGCCUGAAGUAUUAGAGGACAACGAUUAUGGGCAUGCAGUCGAUUGGUGGGGCACCGGUGUCGUCAUGUAUGAGAUGAUAUGUGGACGUCUUCCAUUCUUUAAUCAAGAUCAUGAUGUACUCUUUACACUUAUCUUAAUGGAGGAGGUGCGAUUCCCCCGCACAAUUUCGGAUGAGGCGCGCAGUUUACUUGCCGGCCUUUUGGCUAAGGAUCCACGUCAACGUUUGGGCGGUGGACAAGAUGAUGUCAAAGAGAUACAAGCACAUCCCUUCUUUGCGAGUAUUAAUUGGACGGAUUUAGUGAAUAAGAGGAUAACACCCCCUUUUAAACCACAAGUAGUGUCCGAUACGGAUACACGUUACUUCGAUACAGAGUUCACAGGUGAAAGUGUGGAAUUGACGCCGCCAGAUCCUGCUGGUACAUUGGGUUCCAUAGCCGAAGAGCCACUUUUCGCGCAGUUCAGCUACCAGGACAUGGCAUCCACAUUAGGUAAUUCAUCGCACAUCAGCAGCUCGGCUGGUCUUGCAUCGAUGCAAUAGAAUCGAAUAAAAUGCGUAUGACGUUGUAAUCAACAACGUCGUCACCAAUAUGUUGAUCGUCCUUAUGAUCAUUACUGCCAUCAUUGUCAUCAGCAUCAUCGUCAUCCAUAUUUUGAGAAGCAAAAGGAACAACAACAAAAACAACUGCAAUACAACAAACAAACAAGCAAAGCAAGUGAUGCAGCCACAACUGCUAUCGAAAGUAGUUUCUGCAACGCUGUUACUGCCACAGUCCAAGUCACCGCCACAACACCGACACCAAAGCCCACAUACAGACAACAGAAACAAUAUUGUUUUGGCGUUAUCAAAGCUGUAGCGCUUGUUUAGUUUGCGCUUGUGUUAACACUUACAGAAAAACAGCAUGUUUUUACUACUAAGGCAACAUGAAACUUUUGCAUCAUGAUAAUAGACUCGAACGCACUUGCCGUUGCGGCGGUGACUGCAGCACUUUUUCAGAUACGCACUGUGACAACAACAAGAAAAUAGUAAAGAAAAAAAACUAAAAAUAUAUAGCAAUGGCAGUAGUGGACGUAAUGGCGCGCACAGUCGCAUCAGUGAAAUGAACAGCAUGAUAAUGAAAAAAAUUAAUAAUAAUAAUACAAGUUAAAAGUAAAAGUAAUAAAAAACAGCUUAAACCGCUAAAAUACAUAUACAUAUACAUACAUCAUAUAUAUAUAUAAAUAAAAUUAUAAUAAUGAACAGCAACAAUUACUGCUACAACUACCAAUAUUAGUACAUAUUGCAACUACAACUACUACUAUUAAAUACAACUAAAAAAAAGUAAAAAUAAAAAAAUGCAAACCAAUAAAUAAACAUAAUUUAUUUUUUACACUACAGUUACAAUUGCAACUACAAUAAAAAUAACUGAAAAUUAAAUUAAAUAAAAAAAGAAACAACAAGCGAUAACAUAAUAAGUGCAAAUAAUAAGUGCAUACAUACUACAAUUUAUUAUUAUAUACAUAUAUACAAAAAAAAUGCAAAACAAAAAAAUAAAACUAAAAAAGUAAAAAUAAAAUUGAUAACUACACAAAUGGUUAAAGUUAGUUAUAAACAAUUUAUAUAUACAUACAUACAUACUACUAUUAUAACAAUUAUAAAAGCAACAAUAUAAAUAAAAUAAUUAGUUAAUUUAAAGACUCUUUCUGUGCUGCACUAUUAUAAUUUAAUUUCCGUUUUCUCAAAAUAAUUAUGCAACUAAUGUACAAAAUCCAAAACAACAACAACCAUAAAAUUAUAAACACACGUAUAUACAUACAUACAUGCGCGCAUACUUUUUGUAUACACUACAUAUUAUUAUUAUAUUGUUUUUGUUCCGUUUUGUUUGUCGCAAAAAAAGAUUUUGUUUAUACUUUUACAUGUAACGGUUUUGUGCUGUGCGCUUUAAAUUAGAAAUUUAUAGAGGAUUUUUAUGUUUCUUACACAACAUUUUCUCCAAGUUCAGUUACCAUGUAACAUUAAUGAGUGUUCACACAAGAUAAUAAGUAAAAAAAACCAACAAUAACAACAACAAAAACAAAGCAAAAGCAGUUAUGUAUAAAGUUGCCAAGGCAGUAGAAAUAGAAAAGCAAAAAAUAAACGAUGCUAUUACAAAAAAAAAAAAAAAAAACAA